AUGGCGGCUAAAGCGGGGGACGCGCCACCGGUCUCCGCCGCCACUCCGAUCGAUCCCCCAGAUCCCCGCCCAGAUUCGGAGGCGCGACGCGUCCUCGAAGAGGAGAGAAGGAUCGAGAGGAAUGAGGAGGCCGCGGAUAGCGAAGACUGCCCUAGAGAAUCGAAGCGGCGGCGGACCUGCCCGACGGCGCUCGAGACAGCGGCCUCGUCCGCGGUGGCUGCGGCAGCGGUGGAGGAGGAGGGUCAGUCGAGCGGGGCGGUCCGAGGCGAGUUCUCAUUCUUCUUCGACGCGAAGGGGCAGUCGCCGAUCGAGACGACGCCCAAGUUCGGAACUUUCCGGUUCCUGGAGGCGGAUCGGGCGACGGAGGAGGCGGCGGCGGCGGUUGGGAAGGAGGAGGAGGAGGAGGAGGAGGUGAGGGCCGAUGAGGGGCGAACGGGGGGGAGCUGAAGUAGUUGAAGCUCUCAAGUGGUUUCUGCUGAUUCUAAUUCGAUCUUCCUCGUGCUCCCUUAAAUUGUAACCUAAUUAAGCGAUGAAAUAAAAAGUAAACUCGUUAUAUUUUUAGCA